UUUACAGACGAAAAUAAAGGUUAAGAAAGUUGAUAGCAUAGAGGAUGUUUAAAAAUAAUAAAAAAUGACAUAGUCACAAUAAAAGAAUCCAAUUAAAUAGGGAAAAAGACCACCAAAAAAUGAAAUUCGAAAUUAAAAAAAGAAGAAAAAAUAGUGAAGACCAAUGAAAAAGUCAAUGGAUGGCCAAUAAUUGCGCAGCAUCACAGCCAAAACCGACCAUUUUCAGACAUGGUUGCACCAACAAAACGUAGAAUAUUUGUUGAAAUCAAACAUUAACAAACAUAAGAAAAGUAGUUUUUGCAAACACAAAGAAGAAGAGGGAAAGGAGAGAUUGAGCCAAAAACCAGUCUCUCUUUUUCUUCAACUAUUUCUAGUUUUUGAAUCUUUUCUUUCUUUUUCCCCAAAUAUUUGCAAUAAUUCUCAACAUUUCUAUUUCCUCUAUCAUUCUUUUGUUUGUUCUGUUUUUCAUAGGCAUUUGAUGUUUCUUUGCAUCUUUCCCAUAUAAAAACUCUUUUCAUUUGGCUAAUUACCUGUUUUUGCUUGCGAAUUCUUUUCCUCAUGGAAUCUGCCGACCCCAACCGCGUUCGAGCUUUGUCUUCUCCUGAAUUAGCAAAUGCCUUGAUAAGUCCACGGCAACAUGUCGAUCAAAACUUUGUCGGAGUAUCUACCAAUGUGAGGCUUUUAUUGAAAUUAAUCCAUGAGUACAAAGAGGCUUCCAUGAAAGGAAAUAAUGGAAGCAAAGAUCAAAGGAUAUCUGAAAUGAUGCUUAUACUUGAUGAAGUGAAAUCCCAAAUCCAAAAAUCUCAAUCUACUGGUAAGAGAAUGGAAGCUGAGCUUAGAAGAUGCAAUACGGAUCUUAGGCGAAACCUUCCAAAGGACAAAAAGACUACGAAUGAACCGAUAAUAACCGAUGAGAAGGAGAGGUUGAGGAGAGAGCUGAAUGCAAGUGUGGCUGCACGGAAAAGCCUCGAAAGCAUAUGUUCGAGCAUCGGAAAGGAGAAGGAGAUCAUCGCCAAGGAAUUAGCGAGGACAGUUCAACAAUUGCAUGGAAUGGAAGAACAUGUCAAUGAUCUCAAAGCACAAAAUGAAAUGCUGAUGUGCAAAGUUCAAGCUUGUGUUGCAGAACAUAGAGUGAAGAAAAACAAUGUACCUGAUGCACAAGGCAACAUUGAAGCCCUCCAAAAGAGAAACAAAGUGUUGACAGAACAACUUCUCAAGUCGCUCGACGCGUACCGAUCCUUGAAACGGAAGCUAAAAGAAUAUCAAGAGAAAAGGAAUGGGGCUAAUGCAAGAAUGGAAGAAAUGGGACUCCAAGUACGAGCUGGACUCAAUAGGAUUCAUAGCUUCAAAGAAAUGAUGAUCACUCAAACAGAUGAUGAAAAACAGAUUGACAUUGAACAUGAGAUCUCUGCAUUGGAGCAGAUGUUCAAAUGCUUCGACUUUGAGAUAUCCAAACAUGUCAAGAUCAAGAAGCACCCCGUUGAAUAUAAACCUGACCGUAUCAAUGCCGACAAGUGACUACUUCCUGCUUGAGAUUAUUAUAGAAACAUCAGCUCGCAGCCAUAAUAAUUCCUAGUCCAAACCUACUUUUUUGUUUGGAACAACAAUGCGGAUGGCCUUGAGAGUUGAGAAA